AUGGUUAUGACGCUCGUUAUCGUUCAGGACAAGAAGAUGGCGCAUGAUCUGCUGGACCAGGCCGCGGUCAAAACUUCUGGACGCCCCUCUAUGGUCAUGGCCAAUGCACUGUGCGGUUAUGAGUCUAUCGUUAUUUGUCAAGGCUACAGCCCCAUGUUUCGCCGCUAUCGAAAGCUCCUUCACCAGGAGUUGGGCACCAAGGUUUCUGCAGCGCAGUUUCUUGAUGCUCAGGAAAGAAAUUACAGAAACGCUGACGCUACUGUAUUACGAAUGGCAUAUGGCUAUACCGUCGAAACACAUAGGCCCAAUGCCUUGGUAGAACUGACCGAGAAGAUGAUGGGCGAGUUCUCGCUUGCUGCUAGUCCAAUGGCCUGGGCCGUCGAUACAAUUCCCGUCCUCCGGUAUCUUCCUGAUUUCUUUCCGGGUACCUCUUUUAAGAAGACUGCUCGCCGGUGGCGUAAGUCGAUCCAGGCAUCAGCCUAUGUCCCUUACGAGUUUGUUCGGCGUCAGAUGGCCACCUUCAUAUAUCAGCCAUCGUAUGUUUCCAAGCUUGUUCAGAAGCUGGGAGAGGGUGAAAAUGGCAACUUGAGCAGCAGGAACGAGGAAGUUAUUAUCUGGUCGGCGGCAAGCCUUUAUGGAGCAGCUGCAGAUACAUCGAUAAUUACUCUCACCACCUUCGCAUUAGCUAUGUCUUCGUUCAUCUAA